CAAAGGGCCGGCUUUCAACGUUUGGAGGAGCUCCGGGAGGCCGAUAGACAUCGGUAUGAGGAAGACCAACAUAGGUUCUACGGACCUAUGUACUCUUAUAUGGCACAACAGGGAUCAUUCCAUACCAUGGCGAACCCUCCUCCACCACCCUCAUGGUAUGACCCCACUCAUUGGGGUAACUUUGGAGGAUCUGGCUCCGGGGGUGGAGGGUACGACGGCGGAGAUGGCGGGGACACCUACAUGGGAGAUGGUGACCAAAGGAGCGGCUUUGGAGGGAGCUACUACGGAGGAGAAGGCGGGCACUAGGGACAGUGCUUGAUUAAAGUGUGGGGGAGACACUCAUGAUGGCACUCAUUUUACCCUUGUGAAGAAGAAGAAGAUUCAAGAUAAAGAAGAAGAGAGGAGGAGAAAAGAAGAUAACACUAGGAGGCCAUUAAACCCAAGAUGCUCUUUUGUAAAUUGAGUUUAAAACUCAUUUUUCUUUGUCAUCAUUGGUGGUCUUUGUGUUUGUAUUGUAUUCUUGUUGAACUGUGGAACUUUUGGACAAACAUUGACGCUUGUAAAAAUUAGAUCUUACUCGAGACGAGUAAAGGUUUAAGUGUGGGGGAGUUGAUACGUUCGUAAUUUCCAUAUCUAUGUUUAUGUUUUUAAUUAGUUUUGCUUGACUUUUACUUUGGAAAUUACACACUUUUGGUGUAAUAGAUUAGAUUGUUAAAUUCUUGUAAAU